ACAUAUUAAUUGCACUGACUUGUAGGGUCUUCAAACUGUCCUGCAGACACCUUCAUGCCACAGAACCCCGCGGUUUGCGCCAUAACUAUAUGUGAUACGGCAUCUAUGUAAUAUUAAUUAAGUGAAGGUGAGUGUGUGUCUUCUGCUGGACUUCGCUCGGAUCUGCAAGGACUAUUGAGGAUGUUUUCCACAGCUGGAAAGCGUUGUUUUACUAUUGAAUCUUUGGUAGCAAAGGAGAGCCCGAUGACUGCCGACGAACCUAUCCGGCCAACAGCGCUCAGCUACACCUCAACGCCGACCGACGGUUUCAUGAGUGGCUAUCAACAUCCAACGAGCCGGUCUCUCUAUCCGAAUCCGGAGCUGGUGUUCCCGGAGACCGUCAGCCAUCCGUCUCUCACCGUGCACCCGCACCAGCUCGGCAGCGCACACCUACAGCACCCGCAUUUCUUUAGCACACAGCACCGGGAGCCACUCAACUUCUACCCGUGGGUCUUACGUAACAGAUUCUUCAGUCACAGAUUCCAAGGAAACGACGUUUCCCAAGACGCCCUUCUCCUGCACGGGCCGUUUGCUCGGAAGCCCAAGCGUAUUCGAACGGCAUUCUCUCCGUCACAGCUCCUACGUCUGGAGCGAGCUUUCGAGAAGAAUCACUACGUGGUGGGAGCAGAGCGAAAGCAGCUCGCCAACAGCUUGAGCUUGUCAGAAACACAGGUGAAAGUGUGGUUCCAGAAUCGGCGCACAAAGUACAAGCGGCAGAAACUGGAGGAGGAAGGACCUGACAACAGUCAGAGGAAGAAGGGGAACCAUCACAUCAACCGCUGGCGUCUCGCCACCAAACAGACCCCCAACGAGGACAUAGACGUCACGUCCGACUCCUAAACCCCCCCCCCCCCCC